CCAAAGAAGCUCUGUAUUUAACCCAAACAAAUAAAAAAAGGAGCAAAAAGAGUAACGGAGAUAUGGUAAGCGGCGGCGGCGAUAAUAACAGAGCGGAGGCGGAUCAGUGGCUUGCUACAUCGGAGAAGCUCUUGGCCUCAAGUGACUUUCAUGGAGCUAAGACAUUUGCGAUCCGUGCAUGCGAAGCUGACCCAUCGCGAACAGACGCAGCGGACUAUAUCCUCGCCAUCGCCGACACUCUCCUCGCCGGAGAAACUACCAUCGGAGAUUCGAAAGUAACAGACUGGUACGCGGUACUUCGACUCAGCCGCCUAACUCGAAACCCCGAACACGUGGCGACUCAGUACCGUCGACUCACUCUUCUCCUCAACCUCAAUGUCAAUCGUCUUCCUUUCGCCGAUCAAGCUCUUAAGCUCGUGUCCGAUGCUUGGUCUGUCCUCUCUGAUCCUCCAAAGAAAUCAAUGUACGAUCGAGAGUUGAAGCUGAGUCAAUUUGGUCAACCUUAUAGCCAAUCGGAGGAAUUUCAAGAUUCGCCAUUGCAGAGCCAAGCUGAGACCUUGGAGAAUCCUACGGCUACGAGCUUCUGGACUGCUUGUCCUUACUGUUUUUCACUUUUUGAGUACCCUAAGGGUUACGAGGAAUGCACGUUAAGGUGUCAGCAAUGUAGGAAAGCGUUUGAAGCGGUUAAAACGCAAACGCCACCAGUGGAGAGUAAUGGUGAAGGCGUUUACUUUGGUUCUUGGGCUAUGUUCCCUGUAGGGUUAACAAGUCACGCUAAAACCUCUAAUUGGUCGCCAAUUUCACAUCUUUCCGUCUGCACAGGGCAAAGAUCAUGUGAUCAGCAAUCGAAGGCUCUUCCACGAAACGAUGAUGCUGAUGAUGUUGACAUAUAUAUUACAAUUUCUGAUGAUGAUUAAAGAUUUAAAGAUAUGAUGCAAAGAAAAACAAGUUUUAUGUAUUGCUAGCUUAUGUUUAUACCAUAGUAGAACUGUAGAAGCUUCUCUAAUUUUGAUUCCUUUGUGGAAUCAAUGUUUGAUGGAAUAUGUUUAUGUAUUUUGGUGCGAAUUACAAUUUCGGUAUAUAAUCUUUUGUAUCAUAAGUUCAUAACUAUAAACUGGUUUUAUGUGGCAUGUUUGGUUGCGAAUCAUGCCUAGUUUGAGUAUAUGAAGAAUGUUAGACGAAGUAUCAUAACUAGCAGAAUGUUAAUUUAAGGUGGGAAUAGCAUUUAAUCUGCUCAGGCUUGUGAAGGAAUGUUUCUUGUUACCGACUUGAGUUUUACACAAAUCUGUAACUUUUCUUUUGUUUGAAGAUCAAUAUAUCAAAUAAUUCAUU